AUGGGUAUGAUAUAUUCUUCAAAUUUGUUGCUCGCUGCUGGCUGUGGUUUUCUGAGUGUUUUUGAUUUAAAAAAAGGAAAACUGCGGGCCCGCAGCGACGAGCUCGAGGCAGACUUCACCAGUGUUCUUAGAGCCAAAGGAGGAUCGAAGGUUUGCUGCGGAUGCGAGGAGGGAGAAAUCUGUAUUUUUAGUUGGGGGGACUUUGGUGACUUCAGCGACAGAAUUACAGACAUUCGGACGGAGGUUAAUGCUCUCGCAAAGUUUGACGAAGAUACUCUCCUCGCGGGCUGCGGCGAUGGAUGCAUCCGCGUAGUGCAGCUACACCCCAACAGAAUUGCAGGGAUCCUGGCGGGGCACGGCCGGCGGGACGGGCCGGUUGAGCGGCUGUCUCUGAACUGCAACAAAACCCUCCUAGCUUCACUUGCCCACGACAACCGCAUUCGUAUCCACGACGCGCAGAAGGUGGAGGGGAUGAAGACCAAGGUCGUCAGGCGCUUGAAAAAAUCGCAGCAGCUUCAACACGACUUGCGCGCGGGCAAGGACUUCUUUGAUGAUUUGUAA